AUUAUUUUGAAUGGUGUGGAAAAGCAACUUUAAUAAAUAAACUGAUGUGUACCAUGAUUAAAUUAAACACAGAGAGUGGCCAUUCAUUUCUUCUCCAUGCACUUGUCGAUGUGCAUGAUAUGAGAUAUUUGUGUUGGCACUCCUGGAAGUGUCAUGUUUGCAGCAUAGGAUGUAUAUGCCGUUAAUCACGUACAAUAAAUUGGCUUUCAAAGAUGUAUACCUUGUCGUCAUGAUGAACACAGGCUAACGAUUGGGGCAAAUUCUAUCAUGUGACACAAAAUUUUUGCAUUAAUGCCAAUUUUCUCGACAAAAAGUGUUUCCAAACCAGUUUUUUGCGACAUUUGAAGUAUCGACAUAGUUUAUGCGCUAGAGUUUCCAUCAGCUUUUUUGAUGAGCUAAUACUUUUUUUUGUAAAAAAAUCCUGUAUUCCUGUCUUCCUAGUUUAUCUUUACUCUCUUUGAAACAUUUGAAUUGUAGAUGUUUACUUAAAUGACUCUCCUGCUCUUACUUGAGCCAGCACUAAAGGAAAAAUGCCCAUCCCAUAUCUUCCCAAAUUUUUCAGCUUCCUGCCGGGAAAUAUGGGUUUCUUGAAGAAACACUAUAUCAAAUUUCUUACGUUUAAGAAAAGAAAUAACCUUACUUCUUUUCAUGAGGUGCCCCAACCCAUUCACAUUCCACGUGGAGAGAGAUAAUCCACUCAUACUAACAUUUGACAUUUUGACAUAUUAGAAAAAAAAAUAGAUAUUGUGUCAAAAACAAAAUUAUAAAGACCACAUUCCAACAUUAGUGCAACAAUCAAACCCCAAACUUACCCCAAAACCAAACAAACAGAAAAAAGAAAAACGUGCGCAUUAACCCCCGCGCUUGACAGCGCCAACUGGUGUCCAUCCCUCUAAACUCAAACAGUCCAUGUAUGCCUAUGAGAGCCCCCGCGACAACUUUGCCGUCGGAUUGGAUCGGAAGUCCGGUGUUUCUAUACAGAUUUUGUGAGACAGAAUUACACGACAAAAGAUAAUCUAUAAAACAAACUCCAGCCAAUAGGUGGGAUAAACACAAAGAACGUGUAGAUUUAUCCACAUAACUGUCCCGAAGGUGUGUUCCUCCACAAAACAAGCUUCAGCCGCUAGGCGGAUCCAGCACACACACAAAAAAAAGGCCGUUCAGUUUCCUCGGGCAGUCAAACGAAUGUUCAGUGAGCCAGACAAUUCGACUGUUAUUUGAGUGCAGCAAAUGACCUAAUCACUCCAAUGUCCUGCAAGAAAUACUCCACAAAACAAACUCCAACCAAUAGGAGGCAUGAGCACAAAGAAUGCGCAGAUUCAUCCACAACACUCUUCCGAAGUAGUGUUAUUCCACAAAACAAACUCUAGCCGCUAGGCGGAACCAACACAAAAAGAAACAAAAAAGGCGCCAAGUUUCCUCGGACCGUCAAGCGAAUGUUCAGUGAGUCAGGCCCACUCGGCUGCAACGUGAGCAUCACACAAUGACUUUAUUGUGUCCAUUGACUUUAUGAAGGAUAAUGCUUGUUGGGGCCAUGUAGAUACUUUGCGGCCAUCCUUAGCAUCUGUUCUCUAUUUGGCCAGGAACAUCAGUGCAAAAGUGACCUUCCGUUAAUGUAAGAGCUUCUUGCAUUCCUUGAAUCGAUCAUGUUUCUCUCUUGUCGAUUUCGCAAAGUCUGGAAAAAGAAAAUGUUGUGGUUCUUCCAAGAAAGCCUUUCUUUACUCCUUGCCUUGUGUAACACGAGAUCUUUAUUUGAUGAUCUCAGAAAUUUGGCCAGAAUUGAUCCGGACCAGUCUCACUCAGCAGAUUGCCGAGCCGGAACUCUGUGAGCUUGCUCGAUUUGCAGCUUAUAGCCUGUUAUGUCGAGCAGACUCGGAAGGAGCCCGUCCAGAAAUUCCACAAUAUUCUGACCCUCUGCUUGCUCAAGAAUUCCAACAAUUUGGAUGUUGUUCUGCCGACUACGAUUUUCCAUAUCCUCCAACUUUUCCCAGACCCGCUCCAAGCCUGCUUUGGUCGCUAGCGGAUUAGCAGCUAAUUCCCUCUCUGAUGACUCCAGAUAAUCGAUCCGUUUUUCGACAUCUGCCACUCUUGUAACCAUCUCAGUGAAUUUAGUCUCCAUAGCAGUGAUCGAUCGAUCGUAUUGCAGCAAGAUCCUCCAAGUCAGCAACGACCUUCACCAGCAUUGCCGAGACGUUCAGCAAUUCGUGCCGAAUCUCUUUCACCUCUCCGUCCAAAUUGACUCCCUGGUCCGAGGCCUCCGGGGGGGCAUCAGCUUGAGCACAAAAGAAGGAUCAGGAAAGGGAACAGCAGUUCAUGGAAGACAAGAAAAGGAAAAAAGAAGAUAAAAAGAAACGGGAAACCUCACAGAAGGUUGUCGAGCAAAAAAAUAAAGUGCCAGAAUUGACCAAGCCUCCAUCUGCACAGUCUCCUGCCACCCCCAACUCAGCUUCUCCCAGCCCUGGCCCCGUCCCCUCUUCAACCCCAUCCGCUGCCACCCCGGCUGCUGGCGCCCUCCCUCAGGGUGGGAACAAUGCUAAGCGGCUGGCGGUGGCCAACGGACAGCCCUCCCCCAGCCCCCAGAGUUCUCAGCGCUACAUGCCCCGUGAAGUGCCCCCUCGAUUCCGUUGCCAGCAGGACCAUAAAGUGCUACUGAAGAGGGGCCAGCCACCACUGUCCUCGAUGCUGCUGGGGGGAGGCAACAGUGGGGCAGACAGCCCCAAUGAAACAGUGGCCUCGGAUCCAGUCCAGGGCCCUGUGGGUCCAGCUGCUCCCUCACUGCCCCAUACUUCAUCCUCCUCAUCAAUCGCUGCUUCUACUUCAAAUUAUGCAAAUUCCAUGUGGGGGACCAGCUCUGGCAGCCAACCCCUCUCUCAGGGCAGGGAAAAGGUGAUAGUGGACCGGUCAGACCUGGAGGAAUGGCCCAGUAUUGCUGCUGGGGAUGGGUUGAAGACAGGGGAUACAGCAGGUACUGGAGGCGUGGAUGUUAGCGGGAUUCUGAACAGCAGCGCCUCAUGGGGUGAAAGCUAUCUCCAACAGCAAGCAAAAGUUGUGGGAGUAGGGAAUGGAGGCAGAAAAGGAGUUAAUUCUGACAGCCCCUCCCCACCCACUUCCUCCAGUUCACCCAAUGAAUGUAUGCAGUCUGGUAGUGUUUGGGCUUCAUCCUCCCAUGAACUCAUUGGGGGAAAUGCAGUAGCAGCAGGCUCAUUGCCCUCCAUAUCCAAAGCUGCCCCUCUCCCAGGGAACUCUGAUGGCUCCCUUGGCAUCAGCUGUGGGAUUCAAGGUGCCAAUUUUACCCCUAAUGCUGAUCCCUCUGCUUGGCCAGCCCUGGUACAGGAUGGGGCUGGUACAGUUGCAACAGAGGGUGGCUCCUCUUCCCUCCAAAGCUCAUCAUUGUCUGCCAGCAAUGCUCUUUCUGUGAAUCAAUCCUCUCAUCAGCACCAACUUCACCAAAUGCAAUCCAGAGACAGAGAGACAUCCUGUGGAAAGUGGGGUAGUGCAGCACUGGAACCAGAAGCAGGACCAAAAAACACAGGAGUGACAGAGGUGGCUGAAAUGAACUCUAGAAGCACUGGUGUAGGGGAUGCUUCCUCUUCCUCCUCCACCAGCUCCUCAUUGUGGAAAACUCAGCCUUUCCCUGCAAACUCCAAAAUGGGUGCCUCAAGGACUGAAUCUUGGAAGGAUGAAGCAGGGGUGAGUUCCAUGUCUGCUGAAGGAGGGAAUGCAUGGCGUUUCACUGGCCAAGAAGAUCGUGAAGAUUUGACAGGGGCAAGUGCAUGGGGAACAGCAAGUGGGGGUCAGACCUCCGGGCUAUCUCAGGGAGCAUGGGGUGGGGACCAGAUGUUGGUUGGGGAAUGGGGGGCUUCAGGUGGUGGUGGAGGUGUCAACAAUCCAGCUGGGCAAGAUGGAUUAAGCAGUAACAGCAGCAGCAGCAGUGGUGGCAGUGUUGGCAACCCAGCAACUUCCUCCUCCACACCUUCAACUAAGACAAAAGCUUGGGACAAUCAGAAAGGAGUUGGGGAUGUAGGGGUAGGAGACUCAAGUGAGUGGGGAGGCCAGGGUAGCAGAGGCGGGGGAGGAACCUCGUCCUCUAGUGGUGGAGGAAACUCCAGAAGUGGAAAUCAGCGCCAUGGCCACCACCGCUCUCAUCAGCCUCCCAACCCUGAAGUGGCCUUAGAGAAUCUGCUUAGCCGGUCUGACCUGGACCCCAGAGUGCUGUCCAACUCUGGCUGGGGUCAGACACAAAUCCGUCAGAAUGUGGCAUGGGAUUUUGAGGGUGGAGUUGCUGCCACACAAGGUGGAGUCGGUUCCCCUUCUACAAUGAAAGCACCUGCCCACACCCAACCAUUCUCUGGUUCUACUGGCACCACAACUACUGAUCCAUCUUCCUCCACUUUGCUCCAAGGAGCAACUCUGAAUGCCAACUUGAACUCAAACUCCAUCCUUGGACCACCGUCUGGCUCACCUGGUGAGAGCUGGGACAACAGUAGUAGUAGCAGCAGCAGUUCUUCUUUGCACACUCGAGGCCCUCCACCUUCUGGUGUCAAUAUACAAAACCCUGGCAUCUCACAGUCUGUAGGUGGAGGAGGUAAUCCAGCUGGUGUGCAGGGCAAGCCAUCCGGGGGCUGGGGAGGGACAGCAUCAUCAGAAGACCAAGGGAAAGGUUGGGAUAGCGAGGGACAUGAGUGGCGAGAGCACAGAGCAGGGAGUGGGGCAAGCGGGUGGGGAGAUUUUCAAACACAGGGUGCUCCAGCAAGUGGAGGUAGUGGCUGGGGAGAAAGUCAGGAGGAGAAAGGAUCCCGGGGUUGGAAAGAUAUGGGGAGAGGGGAUGCAGGUAAUUGGGGGCAGAGAGCUAGCAGCGACUGGGGAGAAAAUGAACCCAAAUCAUGUAGUAGUGGUUGGGGGGGUGGGAAGGAUAGUGGAGGUACUAGUGGGGACUCAGAAGUGGGUAAAUGGGGUAAUUGGGAUGAGGGAGCUCCUAGAGGUGCGUGGGGAGCUGGAGGUAGAGGGGUGGGUGGAGACAUAGGUGGUAAAUCUCACCAAGGCUGGGGUGGGAAAAUGCACCCUUCGCAGAUGCCAAACAGCCAAUUGGCCUCACAGAAAGGCCCGGCACAGCAGCAGCAGCUACAAUCACAGCCCCAACAGUGUCAAUCAAUGGACACAGGGGUCAUGCAAGGGGGCUGGGGAAGACCAGGAGGUCCUUCAGCCCAGAGCCAAAGUUCAGGGUGGACUUCAGGGCCCAUACCCCAAAUUGCCAGUGGCCCUGGAGACAGUUCGGAGCCCAGUGGUUGGGAGGAGCCUUCUCCACAGUCCAUAAGCAGGAAGAUGGAGAUAGAUGAUGGAACAUCUGCUUGGGGUGACCCUAACAACUACAACUACAAAAGUGUCAACUUGUGGGACAAGAACAACCCCUCAUCUGGCAAGGCACAAUCAAUGUCCCCUCAGCAGGGACCCCCAUCCCUGCAACAGCAGCCACCUGGAAGAAUGCCAGCAGGCCUUGGGAAUAGAGACAUGAACCUUACACAUUCAUCCAGCAAGGGGCAAGGAAUAGCUUCGUCUGGAUGGGGAGGUAGUGGCUCUCCUUCCAGUCCAUGUGUGGACAACGGUACUGCAGCCUGGGGCAAGCCCACUGAUGCACCCACUGGUUGGGGUGACCCUGAAGACACUGGCAAGACGUCAGGUUGGGGAGACCCCUCCCCCAAUCCAGUGAAGUCUGGUUCAAAGUCUAUGCAAGAAGGUUGGGGUGAAGGAGAAGGCUCAGUCAGUGCUUCACGUCACUCCAGCUGGGAGGAGGAUGAUGAGAGUGGUGGUGUGUGGAACAAUGCUUGUUCGCAAGGCAGCAGCUCCUCAUACAACUCGGGAGGCUGGGGAACCAAGAAGGGCAGCAAGGGCUCCAUGAAGGGUGCAGGAGACUCUUGGAUGAACCCUAUGACAAGACAGUUUUCAAACAUGGGAAUGCUGGGAGAGGACCCCAAUGGUCGUUCCUUGGAUCUGGCCCCUGGUCCUCCGCAGGAUAAAAAGAUGGAAGGAGAGAAGCGUGGCAUGUGCUUGAAUGAGUACAAUGGAGAGAUGCGUAAAGGAGGACGUGGAGGGGGAACAGGAACUGUCUUCCGUUCACCUGGUUCCAAAGAGAUUGGGGCUUGUGAACCAGGGCCUUACUAUGACAAGACGGGUGGUCAGUUGUUUAGUAGCGGAGGUGGGAUGGCACAGCCCAGGCACCAACCAGGGGUGUCGCCCAUCAACCCAUCAGUACGAGCGCAAGUGCCUCAUCAGUUCCUGUCACCUCAGGUGCCAGGCUCUGUGCUUAAGCAGAUGCCUCCUCCCAGUGGAGGCAUUGGAGGUGUAGGAGGAGGCAUGUUUCCUCCACAGCUUUCCCCACAGCACAUUGCCAUGCUCAGCGGCAUCUACCCCCCACAAAUCCAGUUCCAGCUGGCCUGUCAGCUGCUAUUGCAACAGCAACCACAGCAGCAACAACAGCAGCAGCAGCAGCUGCUGCAGAACCAGCGCAAGUUUCCCCCAAAUAUACGGCAACAAGCAGAUCCCCAACAGCUUGCCAGAAUUAUGGCUGUUCUUCAGCAGCAGAGACAGCAGCAAGUGGGUGGUACAGGGGGCAGCUCCAAACUCUCUCCUUCUCACCUUAGUGGGAGUGGCCCAAAGAUGCCCAUGUCAGACCCCCUCUCACACCCUGGCUUUGCAGGCUCUGUAGCAGAUCUGCAUCAGAAAACACCAGGCACUUAUUCUGGGUUUGGGCCGGGAGUGAGCCUCUCUGGUCUGGAACUGGGUCCCAUGGUCGGUGGCCAGGCUGGUUUGAAGGACAGUGGUGGACAGCAGUCCCGUUUUAAGUGGAUGAUGGAAGGUCACUCCCCAGCACCCUCCCCUCCUGAUAGCACUCUCCAUAAAAAUGGUCCCAUUGCUGCUCCUCCCAAAAUGAGAGGCGGUUCCCCAUAUUCCCAGUAUGAGCUGCUGGGAAGUGAGGGUUUAUGUGUACCUCCACAAGGGCCUUCAGAUCACUGGCACCGAAGUCCUGGGAACAAGAUGGGCACAAAGACUGGCACAUCCAGCUGGCCUCCAGAGUUUCAACCAGGAGUGCCUUGGAAAGGAAUUCAGAGUGUGGACCCUGAAUCUGAUCCCUACAUGACACCUGGGAGUAUGCUGAACUCAUCGAUGUCAAGCCUCAACGACACUGAGCACCAGUUGCUAAGAGAUAACACAGAAUCAAAUCCCUCCCUCAACACCUUGCUGCCUUCACCUGGUGCCUGGCCCUACAGUGCCUCAGAGAGCCCCCAUAACAAUGCACACAACCAAGCUAAGUACCCAGACUACAAGCCAAGCUGGCCACCUGAGCCCAUAGGGCACAACAAGCCUUGGAAGACCAAUCGCAACAGCUCACAUCUGCCACGCCCACCUCCCGGACUGACCCAUCAGAAGCAGCCCUCAGUGUCUCCCUGGGCGGGAGGAGGCCCACGAUUAGGUAGAGGCUGGGGUGGCUCUGGAGGCAGCCAAGAAAACAGAUUUGGGCCUGGAUCUGGAGCUGCGUGGAGUGAUGGAGGAGCAUCUAGGGGAAGCUGCUGGCUUGUGCUAAGUAAUCUUACCCCUCAGAUCGAUGGCUCCACCUUGCGGACUAUAUGUAUGCAGCAUGGUCCUCUGUUGACCUUUCACCUUGGUCUGACCCAAGGUAGUGCUCUGAUUCGCUACAGUACUCGUCAAGAAGCAGCCAAAGCCCAGAGUGCACUUCACAUGUGUGUUUUAGGUAAUACCACAAUCCUGGCUGAGUUUGUGAGCGAGGAGGAGGUUGCUCGUUAUUUUGCACAUUCCCAAGCUGGAGCUGCUGGAAGCAGCAGUGGAAGUGUUGGAGCUGGUGGAGCGGGGUCUGGACCAGCAGGUGUGACAGGGUCAUCAGGGGCCGGUGCUGUGGGUACUAUCAGUUCUGGGAGUGGCGAUAGGGAACGGGCUGGAGUGGGAAGUACAGCAGCAGGAGCAAGUAACAACAGCGGUGGAACGGGGCCCACGGGCUCUAACUGGCAGAGUUUGGACGGUACGGGGAGCUCCCCAGACCCAGCCUCUGCCCAAGGAGCAGGUUUGAGCAUUUUUGCCCAGUGGAGCAGCAAUGGUGCUGGUGGUAGUGUGGGCAGCAAUGCAGGGGUCGUUGAUCCUGGCAGGGCAGGUUUGUGGGGGGGCAUGACUGCUGGGUACACAAGCAGCAGUCUGUGGGGGUCUCCAGCCAUGGAAGAUCGGCACCAGAUGAGCAGCCCUGCAGCACUGUUGCCUGGAGACCUGCUGGGAGGAGGGGCAGACUCUAUUUGACUGAUGCAGCAACUUACUGACAAAUAGACAUGCAACAACACACAUGACAGAUAUAUAAAUGUAACGAGAAGUUAUUCUCCUAAUAAUAUAGGAACAUUCAUCACAAUACAGGCAGUUUGCGCACAUACAUGCGCCACAGUCACUGGCCGGGCGGUAAAUGCAUAAAAAUACAGCCAAGUAUUUAGUAUACAUUUGUGAAACCAGUGUUCAUGAGUUUCAAAGAUAAGCACUCAAACAGCAGGUACAGAGUUACACUUAAUCUCAUAUGUGCUGAGAAGCAGACCAACUGCAUUACAUAAAAAAUGCAUUAAGACAAAAUUAUAGACAACACUGGUUACAAAUGUUCACACACUGUUUUACAUCAUUUAUACCUGAGCAGUGAUCCAAACUCUGUUCCCCAUAAUCUAGUCUCCAUGACACAGCCCGUCCUCUGAAGCAUGGAGGAGCAGUGUGUGGAACAGUUUUACACAAGCAAGGCAGUACAGAGUUAGCAACCAAUACACACGCACACAAAAACAUCCCAUUUCUUCUUACCCUUAAAUGAAGACUUCUACAGCAAGACUUGAACAGGACACACAAACAGUUGAACUUAAUACUGACUCAACUGGAUGAAUCCUAACCUUGAGGUCAUAGAGAUCACACUCGCAUACUGAGAUGCUCUCACUCAGGCAUGCACUGUAAAGGACAAACCAGACAUAAAAAGGACAAAAAUAUGCAUCAUACAAUGUUCGUAGAGCACUCAGCGUAAAUGAUGAUACAUUGUGUUACAGCUCCAUUUUCAUGCAGACUUAAAUUACUCAAACACUGUUCUGAUGUCUGACAAACUGUAUGUUGUUGUCUUUAUUUGUUUUAAAUGACGGUGAAAUCCAAAAAUGUUGUUUUUGAAACGCUGACCUCGUUUUUUUUUUUUUUGUUUUUUUUAAAUCAAGUAUGUUGUCAUAAUGACGAUCACUUGGAUGUUACUUAGCUGUGCAAGGUGCCCUUUCUGCCUGUGCAUACGUGCGUGGGUGAAGUCCCCGGUAGAGGAGGCAACGUUUGGAGUGUUUGCGAGGCAUCAAUGAAUGUGUGUGGCAGCCAGAGAUUAACAAGCAUGGUGUAUUUACAAAGAUCAAUGCUGGAUUAGGGAGGCGAGUAAAUGUAUAAAUGACAGCUUAUUUCAGGUGUUUGAUGUCUAUGUGUGCAUGAUGUGUAUGCUGGUGUGGCUGUGCGUGUGAUUGUAGACGGCAAGUUCAAGAACAUUGGCACUAAUGAAUAUUUCUUAAGUUGUGAUUUUAGCAGCCAUUUUUGUUUUAUAUAUUGUCUGAAUUGCAAUAAUAAUAAUAAAGAAAAAAGAUUUUUUUAGAAGAUGCAACCAACUGAAGGCAUUCAUACUGAAACAUGAAACAUGCCAAACAUAAUUGUACCAAGCUGAGCUGGAUGGUGUUUUAGGAACACUUAAAAGUUACAAAUUGUUUAUUUUUGUUGUUGUGUACCAUUAUAAAUUAAGGCGGGCUUUAUCACACAUGUUCAGUUUUUUGUUUGUUUUUGAUUUUACAAAAAUUACAAAAAUUAAAAAAAAAAGAACAAGACAAUUAAUAAAGGUUGAAUUUAAUUUU